GGCCCUACUUUACACUUCGCCGUCAGGUCAGGUCGUCAGGCCCUGCUGCUGCCGUGCUUGGAAUAGAUCGACGGCAUGGCUUACUUGGGCGUCCUUGUUCUUCUUCUUCUUGCCUUCCUUGGCGGGGCAGAGCAGCAGUGCAGAGCAGAAGCAGCGGACGCAUCAGCUCGUGGCGGCGCGAGCACGCGGAGGGGCCUGACAACCGUCUCGGUGGCGAAGCCGUCGUACCCGACGGUCACCACGCCCAUGCCGGCCUCCACUUCCCCGACCACGAUGCCGAUGGGCGCCUCGUUCCCGUCCCUAGCGACCGCAGGUGGCGGCGGUGGAGGGUCGUGGUGCGUGGCGAGCCAGAGCGCGAGCCCGACGGCGCUGCAGGUCGCGCUGGACUACGCCUGCGGCUACGGCGCGGACUGCUCGGCGAUCCAGGCCGGCGGGAGCUGCUUCAACCCGGACACCGUCAAGGACCACGCGUCCUACGCCUUCAACAGCUACUACCAGAAGAACCCAGUCCCGACCAGCUGCGACUUCGGCGGCACGGCCACCCUCACCACCACCGAUCCGAGUUCAGGGUCGUGCCAGUAUCCAGCGUCGAGUGGUGGUGGCGGUCAGAACAUGCUGCCCCCGCCGUCCCCGACCACCCUGCCGCCGAUGACGCCAACGCCGAUGACGCCGACGCCGACCACCCCGAUGACGCCGACGCCAACCACGCCGGACAUCGGAACGCCGAUCUACGGCGGAUCAACCACCCCUCCUGACUACGGGUCAAUGUCCCCUCCUGGCUUGGGAGCGAACUCUCCCCCAGACUACGGCGACGUCGGCGCCGCCCCGACGACUGCCAGCGGCAGGGCGGCGGUCGCGUUCGCGUGCGUCGUGAUCGCGACGAUGUCUCUGAUGAUGAGCAUGUCCACAUGAUUCGAUGCGGUGCAUUUCAGGGUGGCAACACAUAUUCUCUACAGCCGUUGCAGUUCAAGAACUAGUUGCGAUCGAGAGAGGUGCGCCGCCGCGUUGGUUGGGUGCUGAGACAUGCACGCAAGAUUAAAUUCGCGACGAACACCUCGAUCCUCCUGCCGCAAAAAAAAUAUGCAACGCUAGCUAGCUAGCUAGCUCGGCAAAGCUGAGGUGCCCCCCCACAUCUGUUUUUAGUGUAAACUCGGAAGCAUGGUGAUGCAGCUUCCAUAUAGUGCCGUACGUCCCAGUUCUAGCGGCAGCAGCAGAUGUUUAUAUUACAGAUUCCACUAUUGUACUUAGAAAACCUAUGAGAAGAAUUUAUUUCCUUAUUCAGCGAUUCAUGCCUUUUGCUCGCGCUGAUGCGUGUUUUCGUCCUGUCGUUUGGUACCAGAUAUUAAGUAAUAGCACCAAUGUAGCUUAUAUGAACCGGGUAGAUCCCCUAGAGUUGACUGCAACUCCACCGGGUGAAUUUGGCAUAAUCUCUGCCCUCCACUAUUUUCUACGGCUAG